AUGGUGGCUGGUCAGGAUGCCACCGAUGCACCGGUGCUGAGCGCCCUCAUCCUUGCGCCGACCUCAGCUGGGUCCGGCGCCGGUAGCCAAGAAACCAACCAAGAAACCAAUCAAGACGUUCCCGCGGAGACUGGCGCACUUCGUUCAUCGACAGAGAUCAGCGACCAAAUCAACGAUCAUGACAACCGCCGUACCCGCCAAGGCGGCCCCACUGUUGGCUACGGCAACCAAGGCGUUGGCUACGGCAACCAAGGUGCUGGUUACGGCAACCAAGGCACUGGCUAUGGCAACCAAGGCGCUGGCUAUGGCAACCGAGGCGCUGGCUAUGGCAACCAAGGAGCUGGCUAUAGCAAGCCGGCGUACGGGCUGCGCUCCGGCUACGGUGCCAGUGGCUACGGACGCGGCUACGGCGCUGGCAACGCCGGCUACCGUCUGUAA